CUCUCCAAUGUCUGCUUCAAACCCUCGUUCCGACUACACUGCUUUUCUCCCUGAACUUUUCGGCCUCCCGAUUCCGGCAACACUUUCAGAUCCCACCAUCGAAGAAACCUUAAACAUGUUCAACAACAACACGACGACAGCGCCGGCUUUCAUGAGUUCUGACAUUAACUCACCAGUUUCGGUGACUUCGUUUCCUGACCAGUUCGGGGUUCCGGAUUGGGGUUCCUUGGCAGCAUUGUCCAUGGGCUUUUAUGAUUUCGCAGGUUGUAAUAAUUACAGAAAUCAGCCUGGAGAAGAUUGCAGUGGAUUAAUGGCUGUUGCAGAGUCAUGGCCAACUACUAAUUAUGACACGAUUGCUGACAAUAUUUGGCAGGUAGAGGGAGCACAAGACAAGAAACAAUUAGUACCGGAAGUGGAGGAAUCGGAAGUGAAGGUUGGACGAUACUCAGUUGAAGAAAGGAAGGACAGAAUUCUGAGAUACUUGAAGAAAAGAAACCAGAGGAACUUCAACAAGACCAUCAAGUAUGCUUGUCGCAAAACCCUAGCGGACAAGCGUGUAAGAAUUCGCGGAAGAUUCGCGAAGCACAACGAACCACCCUGUGAACAUAUUCAUCAUCAGAAUUGUAAUGUCAUCAACACAACUGACAAUUCUUACCAACACAACAGUUCAUCAUUUUACGGCCACGACCAAUCCUCGCAGAUGAUGUAUGGUGAUGAUGAUUGGGUGCAAGCAGCCAUGGGUGGGCUUGUGUAUUUGCCUUACAUUGCUGGCUGACAUGCAUGUAUUGUAUGUGUACACUAGUGUAGGAAUGAGGGAUUUUCAAUUUAGUUGCAGCCCUUGUCUUAAUUUGUACAAAAAUGAAUUCAUCAAUGAGAACCA